AUCAGUCAAGUUUAACUAGCUAGUCAGAUACAAAAAAACAGUUUGUCGAAAACCGCAAUAAAUAUAUUUCCUGUUUUCUUUGAUUGUGGUAUUUUACGACAUUUCAGUGUUUUUAAUCAUAUUUGUACUGUUGGCGCCACAAAUGAGUACACGUAUAGUUGUCGCCAUUGAGUCUGCAGAUACAGUAGUUACUGAGAAUUCACACCAUUCUGAUGGCCCCGGAAGAUGGCAAGUUGUUUGUUGCAUUGUCAGUAUACAAUCGAACAUUCGGGCUAUAACCUUUUGUAAUGUUGAUUUACAACAGUGCAACAACGGCACAAAGAUCGCAUACUCUUCUAAAUCGUGGGACUCAUGCUUAGCAGUUAUAACAGUAACUUGCGUGGAAAAUACCGGAACUACUUCGAUCAGGUCUUUUGAAACCGGUCUGGACGCUAAAGUGCUCACAGGGAAGAUGCCCAGCACACGUUCCCAGGCUCAGCCUAUCCUCCAGUUCCCCAGACGCAAGUCCUCUGGGGUUCACUCAAAAAGCACCCCCUCCAAGAGCACAUCCCAACUGAAGGAGACCCAGUCCCUCUGCUCCGUGGGGGCUUCUAAACCGCAGUCCCUUCCAGAGAGGGCCCAGCUAACGCCCCUCUCACAUGGGCCCGUGGCCCUCAAAGGCAUAACUUUGUGCCCAAGAAUACCCCUCAGCCCUCGCAAACGCACAGGAGAUGAAAAUGGCUGUAACCUCAGUGCCACCCUGCUGGGCUCUCCUCCCAAACAGCCCUGCCUUAACCUGGCCUCCCCCCGCAAGCUGGGCUUUGAGAACUCCCCCCUUCUAUCCCCGAGGAGACUACUGACCCCCCUCUCCCCAACCUCCCGCCCCAGGGCCUCCCCCAGCAGACUGCAUGAGACCCCCAGUGGGAGCCCAUGUCCCCGAUCAGAGAAGACGCCUGGGGUCCGCCUCUUUGCUGAAAAGUCUAAGUUCCACAGUGUGAAGCAGGCCCUCCACACUGCUGUCCCAGAGCGCCUGCUAUCCCGGGAGGACGAGAGGUCCUCCAUCCGCUCCUUCCUGGAGGACAAGGCCCUGAAGGCCAGCCCGGCCAGCCUCUACAUCUCUGGAGCCCCUGGCACCGGCAAGACGGCUUGCCUCAACUGUGUGUUGCAGGAGAUGAAGGAUGAGCUGAAGGAGAUUCAGACAGUGGUGUUGAACUGUAUGGCUCUGCGUAGCUCCCACGCCAUCUUCCCCUUGCUGGCAGAGAAGCUGGGGGCCUCCGGGGGCCACACCGACACCAAGCUGCAGAAACUGCUGACCAGCACAGGGCCCACUGUUCUUCUAGUCCUGGAUGAAAUGGACCAGUUGGACAGCAAGGCACAAGACGUUCUCUACACCAUCUUUGAGUGGCCCUACCUGCCCAAGUCCCGCCUCUGUCUCAUUGGUAUCGCCAACGCUCUGGACCUGACCGACAGGAUCCUCCCCCGGCUGCAGGCCCUGCCUCGCUGUCGCCCCCAGCUGUUACACUUCCCACCCUACAGCCGCCAGGAGCUCGCCGCCAUCGUGCAGGACCGACUCGCACAGGUGUCCGGAGAAGGGUUACUGGACGUGUCGGCCGUGCAGUUUUGUGCCAGGAAGGUGUCUGCUGUGUCGGGAGACGCACGCAAAGCUCUGGAUAUCUGCCGGAGAGCUGUAGAGCUUGUGGAAUCUGACGACCGAAAGAAGGCCGCAGAAACGACAGCGUCUCGUGUGAGCGUGCCCCAGGUGGCCAGGGUGCUGUCGGAGGUGUACGGGGACCGCAUGUCCUCCUCCGAGGGAGAGAGCUUCCCCCUCCAGCAGAAACUACUGGUGUGCUGUCUGCUACUGCUCACCCGCAACGGCAAGAACAAAGAGAUCCCACUGGGCAAGCUCCACGAGGUGUACAGCCGCCUGUGUGCCAAGAGACAGGUGGGUGGUGUGGGCCAGGGCGAGUGCCUCUCCCUCUGCGGUCUGCUGGAGAGCCGGGGCAUCUUUGCCCUGAAAAAAGCCAAGGAGGCUCGCCUCACCAAGGUUUCUCUGAAGAUUGAGGAGAGGGACGUGGAGAAUGCUCUGAAGGAUCGCACCCUGCUGGGCAGCAUCCUGACCUCUGGCCUACCAUGACCUCUCACCCCAAUGAUAUCAACUGACCCAGAUUUAUAUUUGUGAUUUAUUUAUUUUCAUUUUGGGGGGGAUUCCUUUUUUGGGGGGGGGCGGAACAAUGGGGAAAUGCAGCGAUUUGUUACAUUUUUAUUAACAGAUGAUGAACAUGGACUAGAAACAUUUCAAAUGGUCAGCCAAACUGACUAGCUGCUUUUAACUUGUUUAAAAUGCUCAUUUUUGGGGGGGGGGUGAAAACCGUAUGUACAUUUAUGUUGUAAUAAAUGAAUGUACAAACUUUUUAAACA